CCUUCUCCCCUUCUGUUUCUUCUUAGUGACAUUUUAAUCUCCUACUUUAUGUCUACAUCAUAGAGAAAGAAAUUAAGUGAGAGAGAGAGAGAGCGCUAGAUAGAGAGAGAGGAACUCUUUCAAUAUUUCCAUCAUCUUUUGAUAUUCAAAAUUUAAAUACAAAAUUUCUUCUUCUAAUUAGCCCAAUUUCUAAGUUGGUUUUUGCUAAUUAAGUUUUUGCUUCUUUGGGAAAUAUAUUGUUGGAUCUUUGAUUGUUCGUUCGUUGUAGUGAAAAAUCCAAGUAAAAUGGGUGAUGAAGAAGAGAUUUCAAAUGGUUUUGUAAUAACACCGGUGAUAGGAUCAAAUGAUGAUCCACUUCCUCCUAAGAAGAAGAGAAACCUCCCAGGAAAUCCAGAUCCAGAAGCAGAGGUAAUAGCUUUAUCACCAAAAACCCUAAUGGCAACCAACAGAUUCUUAUGUGAAAUAUGUGGGAAAGGGUUUCAAAGGGAUCAAAACCUACAACUUCAUCGUCGAGGUCAUAACUUACCAUGGAAGCUCAAGCAAAGGAGUAGCAAAGAGCCUAGGAAGCGUGUCUAUGUUUGCCCUGAAAAGUCUUGUGUUCACAAUCAUCCCUCCCGAGCCCUCGGCGACCUUACCGGCAUUAAGAAGCAUUUUUGUAGGAAGCAUGGUGAGAAGAAAUGGAAGUGUGACAAGUGUAACAAGAAGUAUGCUGUUCAGUCUGAUUGGAAGGCUCAUUCCAAAACUUGUGGAACUAGGGAAUACAAGUGUGAUUGUGGCACUAUUUUCUCAAGGAGGGAUAGCUUCAUAACGCACAGGGCAUUUUGUGACGCCUUGGCAGAAGAAACAGCAAGAAUGAAUGCGGCAAGCACCCAUUUCAACCUUAAUGCGGUGGUGGCAACAAAUAGUAACUUUAACAACUACCACCAUCAAAUAAUGGGGUCUAAUCUGGGACCAGCCGUUGCCAUGGCACAACAUUUUUCCUCCAUUUUUAGGCCUAUUUCGUCGUCGUCAUCAACAAAAGACGAUAUCAUCCUUGACCAUCAUCAUAACCAAAGGGGAGGAGGAGGAGGAGGAGUAUUUCCCUUGUGGUUAGGCACCCAACCUGUAGGAGGAGGAGGAGGAGGAGGAGGAGGAGGGUAUGAUCCAAUGCAAAACUCCAUCCAACCCCAUAACAUGCAACAACAACAACAACAACAACAACACCCCCUUCGCUCAACUAUCAACUCCUUAAAUUCCCAUACUACUCCUCUCAUUGUCCCGCUUUCGAAUCCUCAACCCGAAAAUAAUUACUUAAAUUGGGUAUUUGGAAGUAAAAUCUCUGAUAAUAAUAAUCCAUCAAAUAACAAUAAUAACGAUGAACAAGUUGGAGUAUUAACCAAUAAUGUUCCUUCAACUACACUUCCUUCCUUGUAUAGCAUCCAACACCCUCAAACAUCCCCAAAUAAUUCCUCUCAUAUUAUGUCAGCCACAGCAUUACUACAAAAAGCUGCUCAAAUGGGUGCUACAACUUCUUCUACCGCCACCAAUACAAAUGAUGCAUUUUUCCUUGGAAACUUUGGGUUAGUAAAGAGCAGUCAUAAUAAUAAUAAUAAUAAUAAUAAUAAUAAUAAUAAUAAUAAUAAUAAUAAUAAUAAUAAUAAUAAUAAUAAUAAUAAUAAUAAUAAUAAUGAUAUGGAUCACUACAACGGGUGUGGUUCGGUAUUUGGUACGCCAAACUCAACAACCACCAAUGUCGGAAGCGAUGUAGAGGGUUCAGUUGAUGAUCUAUCCACCAUGACAACCAUUUACAAUAAUGGAAGGGUUAACCCUUCCAAUUCCAAGCGUCAAAAGUUGAACAAUGAUCGUCCUGUAGACAGUCAUACUCGAGGAGGAGGAGGAGGAGGAGGAGGAGGUAAUGGAGGGAAAACCAGGGAUUUCUUAGGUGUCGGUUCGCAUUCCCAACAACCCGUCUGCCAGCCGUCUUCCAUCAACAACUGGAUUUGAAGCAUACGUACUAUCAAGGUGUGCAUCUUCAUUUCUACGGAGUAAUUAAACUAAUUAAUUAAGACUUACGUAGUAUUGAUUCCAAUCAAAUUUAUAGCAAUGUGUUAUUGUUAAGUACGGAGUAGGGAUGAAUAGAAAUGGGAGUUGUUAAGAGUGCUAAAUUGCAUGCUCUUAUUAUUACUUUAUUUUUUUUUUCCAUUUAACAACUUUGUAAUAUUAGGGUUUGGUUGUUUCAACUAAUUUUAACUAAAUUCAGCAAAUAUCAGUGUAAAUAAGUUUUUUCAU